GCGAAGGCCGAGCCCACCCCGCCAGCGGCGGAGCCGAAGGCUAAGGGCAAGGCGAAGGCGGCGCCCAAAGCCGCUCCAGAGCCCGCGCCCGCGGCACCGAAAGCGGCCGCGGAGCCUAAGCCGAAGGCCGACGCGAAGAAAAAGGCGGACGGCAAGGCGGCGGCGAAGCCCAAGGCCAAGCCGAAGAAGGAGGAGGAGGAGGAGGCGAAGCCCGCGGCGCCGGCGGAAAAGACCAACGACUUCACCUACACCUUCAUCGACGACGGCAAGGGCGACGACUGGGAAGUGUCGACUGGCACGACUGCGAAGAAGGCGAAGCAGAAGCAGAAGCUGGAGGAGAGGAAGAUGCUCGAGGCUCAGGUGCUGAAGACCGCGGGCGGCAAGGCGGUGCCGGGUGCGACCGCGGCAACGAACCUCGUGCCGGGCAUGGCCGGGUACAAGGCGGGUCCGACGGUGGACCAGUCCCUGAUGGCCACUCCGGACCAGAUCGCGAAGAUCAUGGCCGCGAAGGGCGCUGCGGCAGCCGAGGAGAAGCCCAAGGAACAGCUCUCCGCCGCCGAGUUGAAGGUCCCUGAGGAGAGGGUUGGCAUCGUAAUCGGGCCCAAGGGUGCCACCAUCAACAUGAUCAAGGAGAAGACCGACGUGAAGACAAUCAAUAUGGAGGCCAACAUUUUGCGCAUCGAGGGCAAGCCAGAAGCUGUGGCCCAAGCCAAGCAGGCUUUCGAGGAGCUGAUUGCCAAGGGCUUCACUUCCCUGUCUUACGAGAACUUCAAGAGCGACGCCCUCAAGGUGCCCACCAACGCUCUGCCCGAUCUCAUCGGCAAGGAAGGCUGCAUCAUUCGGGCCAUCAAGGACGCGCUGAAAGUGGAGAUCACGAUGCCCAAAACCUCCGGACCGCCGGGGUCUGGGCCGAAAAGGACCAUGGUCACAAUUGCUGGCAAGGCCGAAAACGUCGAGAAGAUCACCCACCCUGGCCAAGUGCACGAGGAGCUUGAGAUCGAGGAGUGGAACUACAGGUUCAUCAUCGGAAAGGCGGGCUCCGAGCUGAGACACAUCGAGAAGAACUACAAGGUGCGCGCCAGGAUCCCUCGCGACGAGACCCCGAACAGGAACGUCGUCGUCGUCGGCGAGAAGCGCGACGUCGAGCGCGCCGUGGCCUACAUCUACAACGCGAUCGCCAAGGCCAACGAGCCCAGGGGCCGCGGCGCGUCGGACAAGGCCGAGGACUUCUGGGGCCCCGACGACGACAUCUCCGGCGACCCGGAGCUGGCCAGGUACCUCUACAAGAGGAGCUGA